AUGCAUUCCACGAACAAGCUCCACAAAACCGUUUACAAAACAGUCAACUUCCCAUGGAGGGGCGUUAACCGUAACCGUAACCGGUCUGCCUUUUCCCCAGAAGUCAAAAGACCAGACCGGACCGCAAAAAGACCGCAGACCGCAGUUUUUUGCGGUCUAUAG